AUGUCUCGCUACACCAGGCCCCCCAACACCUCCCUGUUCGUCAGGAACGUCGCAGACGCCACCAGGCCUGAGGACUUGCGCCGUGAAUUUGGUCGAUAUGGCCCUAUAGUAGACGUUUACAUUCCACUUGACUUCUACACUCGCCGGCCAAGAGGAUUUGCUUAUGUUCAAUAUCCUUUAUUUUUAUUGUUCAUAUUUGAAGAUGUUCGAGAUGCUGAAGAUGCUCUUUAUAACCUCAAUAGAAAGUGGGUAUGUGGCCGUCAAAUUGAAAUACAGUUUGCACAAGGUGAUCGCAAAACACCAGGCCAAAUGAAAUCAAAAGAACGUCAUCCUUGUUCUCCAAGUGAUCAUAGGAGAUCAAGAAGCCCCAGCCAAAGGAGAACUCGAAGUAGAAGUUCUUCAUGGGGAAGAAACAGGAGGCGGUCUGACAGCCUUAAAGAGUCUCGACACAGACGAUUUUCUUAUAGCCAGUCUAAAUCUCGUUCCAAAUCACUACCAAGGCGGUCUACCUCAGCAAGGCAGUCAAGAACUCCAAGAAGGAAUUCUGGUUCUAGAGGACGGUCAAGGUCCAAGUCCUUACAAAAAAGAUCCAAGUCAAUAGGAAAAUCACAAUCAAGUUCACCUCAAAAGCAGACUAGCUCAGGAACAAAAUCAAGAUCACAUGGAAGACAUUCUGACUCCAUAGCAAGAUCCCCAUGUAAAUCUCCCAAAGGGUACACCAAUUCUGAAACUAAAGCACAAACAGAAAAACAUUCUCAUUUUCGGUCACAUUCCAGAUCUCAGAGUUAUCGUCAUAAAAACAGUUGGUGA